CCGCCUCCGGCCAAUCGUGACUCUAGCUGCGCCCAGACCAGAGCUCGUUAUGAGGAUCUUGUCUUCUGUAGGACUUCGUUCCGUCAUGCCAUCUGCAUUGAGUUGUCUGUGUUGCCUGUCAGAACGUCCAGGGAAAAGUGAGCGAUAGCGCACGCAACAACGUCCGACGGAGAGCUCCACACCACCACAUGACGUGCGAAAAUGGCUGAGGAAUCCGCGCCUCUAACUUUCACAUCUCGGCCCAUCCGUUUCAUUACCAAUGACGGAAAGCCAUACGCGAAGAGAAGGCGUAUCAACACUGCCUGCAACACGUGCCGCCGGCGAAAGACGCGGUGCUCGGGUGAGAAGCCGUCUUGUGAGACUUGUAAGGAGAGUAAUCAAACGUGCACUGGGUACGGGCCGGCCAGUGGUGCGAGAACAAGCCCAACCAAGGAUGUUGAGGGGUUUGAAGACCAGAGGAAGAGCCGUGAUGGGAGAGACGCUUCGUCAAGGUCUGCGUCUCAAUCGCAUCCGACCAGUCAUGAUACCAGUACAUCGCCGUUGAUUAAGCCCUCGUCCUCACAAUCAGCAUUUGACGCGUCUGCUAGCUGGAAGGAACCACAGCCAGCACCUGUUGUCGACGAGAGCCAACCAAGCAUUGAAGAGACGUUUGCCACAUUGUCCAUCCGCAACAGGAUGCCAUAUUUCCGCUAUUUCGGCCCAACAGCAAUCAUGCCUGGUUUCAAGCAGAUGGUUGUCAAGGUCCAGGAUAAGCAGCGAGGCAGCAAUGCAACUUCAUCUCUUGGUGAACGCUCACCACCAGCGCUGGGCGCGUCAUUCAACCAGGAAAAUACCUCGCCACGUCCCGAUGAGCCGCCUAUGCCCUGUGAGCCCCCAUCCUACGACUCUUCAGAGGUAGCUCCCAACCCUCUAAUCACACAUCUGUGUGAGACCUUCUUUGCGCAUCUAGCUUGCAAUUAUACUUUUUUGCAGAAAGACAGGUUUAUGCGUGAUCUCCAGGAAAAGCAGGUCGACCCUAUAUUAGUCGAUGCUGUCUGCGCAUUAGCGGCACGGUUUAGCAACCAUCCGCUGUUAACAGGCAAAAGCGCAAAUUCCAAGCUCGAGGUUCCACCUCCGGAGCGUGGCCAGCUCUUUGCACAGCGAGCAAAAGCGGCCAUACCGGACACUUUUCCGUGUCCAAGCGUGGCGAUCGUGCAAGCAGCGUUACUAUUGGCAUACGACGAGUUCGGUGCAAAUAGGGAUUCCGGACUGUGGAUGUACUUGGGCAUCGCCAUCAGAAUGGCACAAGACUUGGGAAUGCAAAAGUUGGAAGGUCUCAAAUACGUUGGUCGAGGGAGUUUGACGCCGCAGAACAUUACGUACACGCGAAAGAAAAGAAUGAGGACUGAACCCGUUCCUGUUGCCGAGCCUAAAGUAGAAAUUCCCGACGAUGAGACGACCAAGGAACUGAUUGCCAUCGAACAAGAACGAGUCGACACGCUCUGGGCGGUAUUCCACUUGGAUCGCUACAUCUCAUCCGGUACGGGGCGCCCCGUUGCAUUGCGUGACGAAGACAUCGAAAUUGCUUUCCCACCUCUCGAUGAAGUUGAUCCGGAAACGGGUUGGCCGAAACCAUGGCCAGCGCUGAUUCGCAUUGUGCACCUCUACGGCAGUGUUGCUGAGAUACUGAACGGCAUAAAAGAAAUUUCCCAUCUGACCCCUGAAGUCAUCGAACGACUGAUGAUUAUGGAAAGCAACUUGACAGACCUCUAUCAAGGCCUGUCUCCGAAACUACAUUUUAACGCCGCAAAUUUCCAACACUAUGUUCAAAACGGGCAGGGGACCAACUUCGUGAUGCUGCACUUCUGGUUCCACACGUUGAUAAUCAUUUUGCAUCAGCCAACCCUGUUGCACACGUUUGACGAAGAGAUGCAAGAGCUCUUCCCGCGGAGUCGAGAACUAUCUCUCUCGAGCGCCAAGACAAUUGCGGACAUACUUGCGUUCACAGAAAUCAUGAGUUCUCAAUCAACAGUAGGCAGUCCAUUUACGAGCCAACCGACAUACGUGGCUGCGUGCGCAUUUCUUAAAGAGUCUGCGCUUCACGCCAUGAACUCAGCCUGCAACUCUCGAGCGCCAUCCCCCCCGUCAUCGAGCACAAAUGGAACAUCGUCCAAAGAAUCGGACCCACCAAGAAGAGCAUCUCUGAGAUCCGGUAAUGGCGCACCUUUGGACCAACAAGCCCAAGCGAAACACACUCUUCUCGCAGCCUCAGCUCAACAGAAUUACCAGCGCUGCUAUCGUGCGCUGCAACAGCUAGAGCACUACUGGGCUGGAACGAAAUACAUCAUCACGAUACUCGACCAGAAGUCAAAGGGAGUUUGGGAUGCACUUCUGUAUACACAGGAAGAGAGUGAACAUGCCUUGGAGAUGCCGAGGCCUGAACCUGCAUUUACAUCGCCUGGAUGGCGGAGAAAGCUAAGUUGGGGCGCAUAUUUGCAAGCUAGCCACAGUGAAAAGUCUGGAAGGGCUAUUGGAUGGAGUUUGACCGGGACGAUGAACUCGCCUAAGAGUGCUAAUCUCUCUGUGCUGUACUCCGGCGACGCUUCCAGCAGUACAGUAAGUAAAGACUUGCAGCCUGGUACAGAGCAAGUACGGCCAUUCCAGAAACCGAUGGCUUUGGCGUCAGGUGCUUUUGAAGGACCGGCCAGUCUCCAUGCCCAUCAAACCAAGACCGGCUCCGCAACAGGAAUCGAAGGUGCUUCGGAUCAGCCGAACAUCAAUCAACUUAUUCAUUUCUCCUUUCCUUUCACGUCGCAUGAGUUUUCUGACCCUUUCCAUAAUAUCGAUCUAAAUCAAGAACAGUCGCUGCUGCACAAUAAUGAGACUUCUUCCGAAAUCGGCCACCACGCAACGCAACAACACUCACAACAUGCAGAUUCAUUAGGCGGCACCAUGGGAAUGGACAUUGGUACGAUGCCGUAUGGAAAUAUGAUGAUCGAAAGUCAGAACAUUGACAUGAGCAUGCUGGGAACAGACGACAUGAUGUGGCUGGACUACUUGCCAACAGACUUCGGCAUGGAUGGUUUUGCUGAUGCUAGCCGAAGUGGGAAAUGAUAGCAGUGUUGAAAUAACCUUUAAUUG